ACCGUGGAAUUCUUCCCGCUUAACACUUUUUCUUGAACCCUCAGCAUUUAUUUCCCACGAACGCUCAGGGAAAUCCUGAGGUUUCAGCCCUCAUCCUUUGUCCUUUAGCACGUUCCUUCUCAGGAGCGCAAAAGAGAGCUGGUUUUGGAUGCUUGUGCGUCUUGGGGUGGGAGACUACAUUUCCCAGGAGGCACACGAACAAGCGCCCAAACUAUUUCCCAGAGUUCCCCACGUUUCGGCCCUACAAAGCGGUCUUCCCUCGGGCGUUGAAGACUUCGGGCCAAGAUGGCGACAGGAACGGGCAAACACAAGCUGUUGAGUAGUGGCCCCACAGAACCAUGGUCCAUCCGAGAGAAGCUGUGUUUAGCGUCUUCUGUCAUGAGGAGUGGGGAUCAAAAUUGGGUAUCAGUUAGCAGAGCAAUCAAGCCCUUUGCAGAACCUGGCCGCCCUCCAGACUGGUUCUCUCAAAAACAUUGUGCUUCUCAGUACUCUGAACUUCUAGAAACUACCGAGACCCCAAAACGGAAACGGGGUGAAAAAGGAGAAGUGGUGGAAACUGUGGAAGAUGUCAUUGUUCGGAAAUUGACUGCUGAACGAGUUGAGGAACUAAAGAAAAUGAUAAAGGAAACCCAGGAAAAAUAUAGACGACUGAAAAGAGAUGCAGAACUAAUUCAAGCUGGGCACAUGGACAGCAGAUUGGAUGAGCUUUGCAAUGACAUUGCAAUGAAAAAGAAAUUGGAGGAAGAGGAGGCUGAAGUAAAGAGGAAGGCUACGGAUGCUGCAUAUCAAGCUCGUCAAGCAGUAAAAACACCCCCUCGGAGGUUACCCACUGUGAUGGUUCGAUCUCCUAUAGAUUCUGCCUCCCCAGGAAGUGAUUAUCCACUUGGGGACUUGACUGCAACCACUAUGGAAGAGGCCACCUCUGGCGUAACCCCUGGGACUUUGCCGAGUACCCCAGUCACCUCGUUUCCUGGGAUUCCUGACACCCUUCCUCCAGGCUCUGCACCCUUAGAAGCCCCCAUGACCCCAGUAACAGAUGAUUCACCCCAGAAAAAGAUGCUUGGACAGAAAGCAACUCCACCCCCCUCCCCUCUGCUGUCAGAGCUCUUGAAGAAGGGCAGCCUCCUGCCUACUAGCCCCAGACUGGUCAAUGAGAGUGAAAUGGCUGUGGCUUCUGGCCACCUGAACAGUACAGGUGUCCUCCUGGAGGUAGGCGGGGUCCUUCCCAUGAUACAUGGUGGGGAUUUGCAGCAAACACCCAACACUGUUGCAGCCUCCCCUGCUGCCUCAGGUGCUCCCACUCUUUCCCGGCUUUUAGAAGCUGGUCCUACACAGUUCACCACACCUCUUGCUUCCUUCACUACUGUUGCCAGUGAGCCUCCAGUUAAACUUGUGCCACCCCCUGUAGAGUCUGUGUCCCAGGCUACCAUUGUCAUGAUGCCUGCGCUACCAGCACCAUCCUCUGCUCCGGCUGUCUCCACUCCUGAGAGUGUAGCUCCAGUGAGUCAGCCUGACACUUGUGUUCCCAUGGAGGCUGUGGGGGAUCCACAUACUGUGACUGUUUCCAUGGAUAGCAGUGAAAUCUCCAUGAUUAUCAAUUCUAUCAAAGAAGAGUGUUUCCGAUCAGGGGUAGCAGAGGCUUCUGGAGGAUCAAAGGCUCCCAGCAUAGAUGGGAAGGAAGAUUUAGAUCUGGCUGAGAAGAUGGAUAUUGCUGUGUCUUACACAGGUGAAGAGCUCGACUUUGAGACCGUUGGAGACAUCAUUGCUAUCAUUGAGGACAAGGUAGAUGAUCAUCCUGAAGUGCUGGAUGUGGCAGCAGUGGAAGCAGCAUUGUCGUUCUGUGAAGAUAAUGAUGAUCCUCGGUCUCUGCCUGGCCCCUGGGAGCACCCUAUGCAGCAGGAACGGGACAAGCCAGUACCUCUUUCUGCACCAGAAUUGACAGUCAAGCAAGAGAGGCUGGACUUUGAGGAAUCGGAAAACAAAGGAAUCCACGAACUGGUAGACAUCAGAGAACCUGGUGUUGAGAUCAAAAUGGAACCUACAGAACCAGAGCAAGGCAUUUCAGGGGCUGAAAUAGUCACUGGGGUUGCUCCAGCCACAUGUAUGGAGCCACCAGAACUCAGGAAUCAGGACUUAGAUGAGGAACCCAGAAGUACUGCAGCUGGAGAGAUUGCUGAAGUAGAUGUUGCCAGUGGGAAAGGCGAUGAGACUCCAGUUACAACUGUGAAGACAGAGGCAUCCCCUGAAAGCAUGCUAUCUCCAUCACAUGGCUCAAAUCCCAUGGAAGAUCCUUUAGAGGCAGAAACUCAGCACAAAUUUGAAAUGUCAGACUCAUUGAAAGAAGAAUCAGGGACUAUUUUUGGAAGCCAGAUAAAGGAUGCCCCAGGUGAGGAUGAGGAGGAAGAUGGAGUCAGUGAAGCAGCCAGUCUAGAGGAGCCUAAGGAAGAAGAUCAAGGAGAAGGCUAUUUGUCAGAAAUGGAUAACGAACCCCCUGUGAGCGAGAGUGAUGAUGGCUUUAGUAUACACAAUGCUACUCUGCAGUCCCACACACUGGCAGACUCCAUCCCCAGCAGUCCUGCUUCUUCUCAGUUCUCUGUCUGUAGUGAGGAUCAGGAAGCUAUUCAAGCACAAAAAAUCUGGAAGAAAGCCAUCAUGCUUGUAUGGAGAGCUGCAGCUAAUCAUAGAUAUGCCAAUGUAUUUCUGCAGCCUGUUACAGAUGACAUAGCACCUGGCUACCACAGCAUUGUGCAGAGGCCAAUGGAUUUGUCAACUAUUAAGAAAAACAUUGAAAAUGGACUGAUCCGCAGCACAGCUGAAUUUCAGCGUGACAUUAUGUUGAUGUUCCAGAAUGCUGUAAUGUAUAAUAGCUCUGAUCAUGAUGUCUAUCACAUGGCAGUAGAAAUGCAGCGAGAUGUUUUGGAGCAGAUCCAGGGCCAACUGUGUUUCUUCUCCCUACAGCAAUUCCUGGCCACACAGUUGAUUAUGCAAACAUCUGAGUCUGGGAUCAGUGCUAAAAGUCUUCGAGGAAGAGAUUCUACCCGCAAACAGGAUGCUUCAGAGAAGCAAGCUUCAGAACUUCAUAUGUCAAAUUUGCUGAAGGUGUUAACAUCAUUGAUAUUUUUACACUUAAAAAUGUUGAAUUUCAUGCCGAAAAAAGAGCAUUUGCGGGAAGUUUUAAUUCAUUACUUUAUUUUGAAAAAAAGUGCUGCUGAAAGUUAUUGUAUACUUCAGGAAGCUAUGAUGAACAUGCUCCAUCUCAAGGUACUUGUGAACGCUGGUUUAAACUCUUUAAAAGGGAUGAUUUUGAUGUGAAAGACAAAGAACAUCCAGGUCAACCGAAAAAGUUUGAAGACUAACAAUUACAAGCAUUAUUGGAUGAAUGAUGCGUGUCAAACUCAAAAACAACUUGCAGACAGAUUAAACGUUGCUCAGCAAACAAUUGCCAAUCAUUUACAAGCAAUGGGAAAGAUUUUAAAGGAAGGAAAAUGGGUGCCACGUCAAUUGAACAAAAGACAAAUGGAAAACUGAAAAGUCAUCAGUAAAAUGUUGCUUCAGUGGCAUGAAAGAAAGUCUUUUUUGCAUCGAAUUGUGACUGGCGAUGAAAAGUGGAUUUAUUUUGAGAAUCCCAAGUGCACAAAAUCAUGGGUUGAUCCAGGUCAACCAUCAACAUCGACUGCAAGUCCAGAUCACUUCGAAAGACGACAAUGCUCUGCGUUUGGUGGGAUCAGGAAGGUGUGGUGUAUUAUGAGCUUUUAAAACCAGGUGAAACCGUUAAUACUGAUCACUACCAACAACAAAUAAUCAAUUUGAACCACGCUUUGAUUGUGAAACGACCAGAAUGUGCCAGAAGACACGGCAAAGUAAUUUUGCUUCAUGAUAACGCACCAUCACACACUUCAAAACCAGUUAAAGACACGUUAAAAGAUCUUGCCUGGGAAGUAUUAACCCACCUGCCGUCUUCACCAGACUUUGCUCCUUCACAUUACCACUUGUUCUGAUCAAAGGCGCAUGCACUUUCUGAGCAGCACUUCAAAACGUACGAAGAAGUGGAAAAUUGGGUCUCUGAAUGGUUUGCCUCAAAACAAGAAAAGUUUUAUUGGGACGGUAUCCACAAAUUACCUGAAAGAUGGGGGACAUGUGUAGCUAGUGAUGGACAUUACUUUGAAUAAAGCACUUUUAAAAAAUAUAUCUUUAUUGAUUUCAGAGAGGAAGGGAGAGGUGGAGAGAGAGAAAUAUCAAUGAUGAGAGAGAAUCAUUGAUGGGCUGCCCCCUGCACGUUCCCCCACUGGGGAUCAAACCUGCAAACUGGGCAUGUGCCCUUGGCCAGAAUCGAACCCAGGACCCUUCAAUCCACAGGCCCAUGCUCUAUCCACUGAGCCAAACCAGCAAGGGCUGAAUAAAGCACUUUUGAUGUUUCUCUUGAAAUUACUGUGUUUUCUUUGAUUACAAAAUCUGCAUUAUUAACCGGUACACCUAGUACAGAUUUUAGAAUGUUGGUCAUUUGCUUCCAUCCAAACAGAAGAAACCUGUGACUGGAAGGCUGGCCCAGUCACAUGGGAGAAAUUGUGAGCUGAGUGAGCAAAUUACUAAUUCUUCUAAGAGUGCUCACAAGGUGGAGUAAAUGACUUGGCUUGUAAUAAGUUCCAGAGGCAUAAUGGCCAGAUUGCUUUUGGAUCUCUUUCCUCUUGUUCUUGAGUUUUUAAGUUUUGUCUGUGUGUGUGUGUGUGUGUGUGUGGUGCUUGUGUCUCUGUCCUGAGGUUUGGGGUGCUUAUGGCUGAGAGUUUCUGUGGAACCUGAUCAGUGUUUGUUU